GUUUGCAAGACGCACACGUCCUGCAGAUGUUUGGUGGGUACGAGUCUACCAUUGGCUGCCGUUUUCUUUUCGUGUUUGAGUUACAUUAGAAUGGCAGAGAUUUAGACCUGCGGGAGAUGUCUGGAAACAUUACGCACGGAGCCUGCGGGGCCAUAAACCUGAACUUUACGCACAGCUUUCUGCCGCCCGUCUUCGUCACUGUGUUCGUUGUCGGGACAGUGUCCAACAUCUGGGGGCUGAAGAGCGUGUGCAACAGCUGGAACAACAUCGCGAACAUUAACAUUUUCAUGUGGAACCUGGGGAUGGCGGACCUGCUCUAUCUCUUCACCCUGCCAUUUCUCGUGCACUAUUACGCGAACAACAGCCAGUGGCGGUUCGGUCCCACGUUCUGCAAGGUGACGCGCUUCUGCUUCAACCUCAACCUUUACGGCAGCAUUGGCUUCCUCACCUGUAUUAGCAUUUACAGGUACCUGGGAAUCGUGCAUCCAAUGAGAGUGAUGGGAAAAAUCACUAGCCGACACUCCUUGGCCAUAAGCGUCUUGGUCUGGAUUUUGGUAAUCAUCCAGAUCCUCCCAGACAUGUUUUUUGAGAAGAAUAACUUCACAUCACCCCACGCGUGUUACGAUACUACCUCGAAUGACCGGAUCAGGAGCUACAUGCCGUACAGCAUCGGCUGGACCGUCACAGGGUUCGUCAUCCCGCUGCUCAUCAUUCUGGUCUGUUAUGGUCAUGUCGUUGUGGUUCUGAGCAAGAAAGCCACCGUCAACCCUGUGCUGAAGCAGCGGUGUUUGAGGCUCGUCGUGAUUCUGAUCAUACUCUUUUCCGUCUGCUUCAUCCCCUACCACGUGCUACGAAAUCUUAAUUUAAAAACCAGAAUUUUGAAACAGGCUGGAUUCUGCCACGCCACGUUCCGUGACAUAUACAUUGCGCACCAGGUUGGCAGAUGCCUGGCGUGUCUGAACAGCGCGCUAAAUCCGCUCAUUUAUAUAGUUGGAAAUGAUGAAUUUCUUAAGAAGCUCCAUGACUUCGGUGCGCGAGUCCAGCUUCCUCGGGGCUGCAUGAAAGGUGUGGAUUUUUACCGCAAACCGAUGGAGGCGGACCCGAACCUGCAUGGACAUGAGUCACUGGACCAUGAGCCACCGUAAUGUUCACAUUUGUAGGAGCGCAGAAGUGAAAGUUUUGGAGCACAUGUAUCAAGGAAAAAAACAAAACAAAACAAUUGAGCUGUCAAAGUUGUUCUUUGUUUAUUUUAACGUUUAUUGAAUGAUACAACAACCUCAAAAGAACAAAUAAGCAUUUAGUACAACAAUGUAUGGAAUGACUUGUCCCACUAUGUUAACAUUAAGAUGAAAAAGCAGAAGACAUUUUUAUUAUUUAUCGGUCUCAGUGUGAUGCGUUUAGGGGCAGUAUGUAUAAUCUGCCCUUCUGCUGGUCACAUGGUCUUGAGGAAGGUCAGAAGAGACUGACGUUCACAUGCACUGACACAUUUCACCAGAAUGGGUGUUUCCGUGUGAACAAGUGAAAUGCAGUUACACAAGAUUGAAAACAAGCCACAAGUGCUGAGUGUGUGUAUUAUGGGUGCUUAAACACAUACUACUACUACAACUACUUAUAUUGUACCUUAAAGCAAAACAGUUUUUGCCUGUAUGAAAUAAGUGCACCCUCUGUGCCGAGACCCAGUUGAAGAAACUUACUCUCACUGAAAACAUUGACAGCUCGCAGCGACAUGAGACAAAACAGAUUUUAGCCACUUAACAAAAGGUUGAUCUUAUAAAUCUAUGAUAUCACAAGAAUAUGUUCACAUAUGUUAGACAGCCUUAUGUUUGUAAACGCUUAAUUCCCCACACCAAAGUCCACAGAGAAUGUCUGCAAUUUUGCAUCACCCCACACAGGAGAAGUUGAUCCACUGCUGCCUUUUUCAUUCAUUUCAAAUGUGUAAUC